CGAGUCAAUCGCAGUUACAUUUACAAUGUGACGCUCGUUCCAAAUUCAAAUCAUUUCACAUUUUUUUUUAUGUUUAAGUGCGACCCUGUGUAAGUGAGAUAUUUUCUGUGUGAGUGUAAAAAGUGUAUUUUUAGUGAUAAUAUGGUAAAAGUCUCAAAAUGUUUGGAUUCAAUCGGAGCGCGUCUUUGCUAGUUGUGUACCUGGCCUUUGCUCUGCAACACUACACUUUUGGCAGUGCGGUUUUAUGGUACAUAUUCGCAGUACCAUUGAUUGUUACUGUGGUUUACGGGUUGGGGACCUACGACCAUGGAUAUUGGACCAGCAGAGGGAUCUUCUCUCCACCAGCGAGCCUAUUUGUGGGACACAUUAAGACAGUGAUAACGUUCAGAGAACAAGGAGGCUUAUGUUUUAAGAGGAUUUAUGAUACUUACAAGGAUUUAAGAUUUCUAGGCACCCAUCAGUUUUACCAGCGAACGCUUGUAGUCCGCGACCCCGCCUUGAUCAAGCGUAUGUGCGUCAAUGAUUUCCAGCACUUCACGGACCGUGGGUUCUUCUUCAGGGAGGACGUGGAUCCGUUGGCUGGAUCAGUGCUGCCAAACAAACUAAGAGGAAUGUUUCCACUGAUCGACAACACGGCUAAAGAAUUUUUGACGCGCAUCAAAAAUCGCUGUUUAAAUGAAAAUAUUGUUAAUUUAAACAAUAAUAAAACUGGCGAUAUGAAGCUCACGAAUGAAUUGAAUAACAAUUCUAACUCCCUUGGAGAUAAGGCUGAUUAUAGUACAUUGGCAAACGGGGAGAAGUUAGUGGGGGGUUUCACUGCCGACGCGAUAGUUCCAUGCGCGUUCGGUUUGAAGAGCAACGUGAUGGACGAUGAACACGAUCCCUUUGCCGAGGCGCUGCAUGCCUUCUAUGAAAUGUCUUUGUACAACAUAUUCGAAAAGUGAGUAUUCGAUGUGUUAAAUAAACUUGUGCUACAUACGGCAGGAUGGUAUCGUCUUUUUCCAUCGCCCUGUCAUUUUCUGUCGCUCAGAGACGCCAUUUGAUAGAGCUAGAAAGAUAGUGGGUGUGAGAUAGUACACCGCGGAAUGCUCGAGGCGAUAGACAAUACGUUAUAUCCUUCUCGUUCUAGCAAAUAGUAUGCUUUUUAAAAUUAUUUAACUAAAAUUACCGUUGAAUAACUAUCUCAGAGUUUUUGGACCUUAUAUGAUGAAUUCUACACCAGCUGA